CUGUACAGUUUUCAAGCUUUAAAAAUGGCGAUUGUGAAGGCGACAUUGGUCUCGACUGACAGCUCGAUGUAGUGUUGAAAUCACUUCGUAAACUUUUACAUAAUUAUUGUGAGAAAAUGUGAUGAGCCGAUAUGGCGGAACGCCAAUACUCAAUUCAUAUAUAACUGUUCCUUAUGACUUCCAUGAACAAUCAAAAAUGGAAUAUAAUUUUAACCGAGCAUCCACUUAAACAGCUUGAUUGAUACAAAGCAAUAAUUGCGUGAUUUUCUUUUAAUACUUCCCAAUAGGAUGGAAACUAUUAAUGAAGAUUAUUGGGAAUCAUUUGAUAAUUUUACUUUCAGAGAGUGCGAACGAGAGGCCAAGAAAGCGAAUGAGCGAAAAAUGCAUCUAUAAUGUAUGUUGAAUUAGAUUAUCUGCUGAAAAAAAAGCAUGAGCUUAGGUCCUAUGUUUCCAAUAAUUUGUGGCCCUUGGUAACUCGCUAACUUGGUAAUGAAAAAAUGGCCAAUGAUAUAUUGAAUGCAGCAUAUCCACUCCAUAAGUGUAUUUUUCAAGACGACAUAAAAACAUUAAGUUUUCUACUGAGAACUCAUGAUAUUGCUGAAAAAGAUAAACAUGGUAAUACGCCCCUCCAUUUAGCGGUAAUGCUUGGCAGAAAGGAGUGCGUCCAACUGUUGCUUGCCCAUGGGGCACCUGUUAAAGUGAAAAAUUUGUCUGGAUGGAGUCCACUUGCUGAAGCAAUAAGUUAUGGUGACAGACAGACAAUCUCAUCAUUAGUGCGUAAAUUAAAACAACAAGCCCGUGAACAAAUGGAGAAAAGGCGUCCAAAUUUGGUAGAAGCUUUGCGUAAAAUGGGAAAUUUUUACAUGGAAUUGAAAUGGGAUUUUCAAAGCUGGGUACCUCUUGUAUCACGAAUAUUGCCGUCUGACGUAUGUAGAAUACAUAAAAGUGGGGCAUCAAUACGUAUGGAUACAACUUUAGUUGAUUUCAAUGAUAUGCGAUGGGAACGUGGUGACAUAUCUUUCAUAUUUAAUGGCGAUCAAAAACCUGGAAAAUCAUUAACUGUAUUGGAUAAUAAAGCAAAAAUAUACCAACGAGUUAAAUAUGAAGAGACCGAACUGGAAAUAGAGGAUGAAGUUGAUAUACUUAUGUCAAGUGAUAUCAUGGCAGCACAAAUGUCAACGAAGGGAAUAACCUUCUCUAGAGCUCAAACUGGAUGGAUAUUUCGAGAGGAUAAAAGAGAAAUGAUUGGUCAAUUCAAUGCUGACUUCUAUCAAAUAAACGGUAUUGUAUUUGAGAGCAGAAAAAGACGGGAACACUUGAGUGAAGAAGAUUUACAAAAAAAUAAAGCCAUCAUGGAAUCUUUCACUAAAGGUAGCUCGCAAGGUUUUGCCAAUGGAGAGCCACUGACUAGACGAGCCUCUUUGAAUCCACCUCCGGAUUCUAAAAUUACUUGGGAGGCCUAUCUUGAAGCUCAACCAGGAGAAUGUCCAUUAUUAGGGCGUAAUCUCGUCUAUAAAGAAAGUAGCAAAUCAUUUAAAGCUACUGCAGCUAUGAGCUCUGAUUUCCCACUCACAGUUGACAUGUUACUCAAUGUUCUUGAAGUUAUUGCACCCUUCAAACAUUUCAGUAAACUUCGUCAAUUUGUCUUGAUGAAGUUGCCUCCCGGAUUUCCAGUUAAGAUUGACAUACCAAUUCUGCCUACAGUUACCGCCAAGAUAACAUUUCAAGAAUUCACCUUCAAGCACGAUAUCGAUCCACUAUUAUUUCAAGUUCCAUCAGACUAUUUCGAAGAUCCUAUGAGGCAUGAAGAAUCUUUCUUAAAUGGCAACAAUAUUUUUGACCUCGCGAAAGUUAUGACUCUUGACAAGUCGACGUUGAUCUAUCAUGCAAUAUCCCUCGAAAAUGGAAUGAAAUAUGAAAAUCUGUAUUUAGAAUUCCGUGCCAGUGUUCAUCCCGCAAAUAUCAUUUAUUUACGAUUUCUUUAUUCCACGAUGUAAAGAAACUCAGAUAAUACCACUUACUCAGUGCCAUAAAAAUCGUAUCAUCACAAUGUAAUACUCAGAUGCUAUUUUUCACUUUGCCUCAGUGAUAAAAUAUUCUUAAUCGAGUCCUUAUCGUUUAUUCUGUUAAUAUCUGGUGCUAUUCACAAUUACUUAUGGAUAUGUUGCUCAUACUAC